AUCCCGUUACUCACUUGUCUCAAUAUUUACGUUCAGGAGAAUCCAGAAGAAAAUCCAGAGAUAAAAAGUUGAGACAUGAGUGGCUGUAUGUUAUCAGAGGCGUGUGAUCUCACCAGCACACGUUAGGCCACAGAGGGUCAGUGGUGAGCAUUCAGAGUGAGCCAUGUUUUCCAUGCUAGGCCUGGGUAGGACUGGGUUGGUGUUGGAGGCACCCCGGCCAGCAGGAGGCGUGCUGCCCCACCAGGAGGAGGAGGCCUUGACUAACCUGUGGCUUGAGAUUACCAAGGCAGAGGCAGGAUGUUGCAAGGUGAUGAAUGAGGUGCGCAAUUACAGAGAAGCAAUGAGGGCCAUCCAAGAAGCUGAGGAGAAACUACUCAAGGACCUGGGAUCCUCAGGUCUGACUGCUGUCUCCCCUGAACUGCGGCAAACAACAGAUGAGUACUUGUCAGUGGUGAUGGAGAUGAAGCCCAAGACUGAGGAGGUGUCUGGGGCACUGCAGCAGACCCUCGGUGAGCCAGUGAAGCAGUACCAUGCCCUCUAUGAGCACCUUGAUGCCCUACGCCGCCGCCGGGAUGCCCAGCUGGCUGUGGUGUCCAAGUGUCAGGACAAGCUGGACCGCUUCAAGCUCAAGGGGAAGCGGACGACUGACGUGAUGGUGGAGCGGGAUGGAGCGCUGCGCACGCUACGGGAACUCAAUACUCAGCUGCUCAGUGAAGCCAGAAAAUUCCAUCAAAUGCGCCACUCCUACCUCCAGCCAUGCAUCCAGGCGUACAUUCAGACUCAGGUGGACUUCUACGGCACGGCAAACUCACACUUCAGCAAUCAGAUUCAGGUGAGCCGCAGUGCCCACCAGAUCCCCGACAGCCAGUAUGAGGCCAUGAUGAAGGACUACUUCAGCAAAAUCAAAGCCCUCAAGAUUGUAGCCACCUGAGUCUGUCAAGCUGCUCUUGAGGAGGAGAGAGGGGAGGAGAGCCAGGAGGAUGGAGAGAAGAGAAGCAGGGAGAGUCUGGCCAGAUGCUGCAUUCUUGUCUGGGUCCUGCUGGUUUGCCUGGUAACCCAAACUUUGAGAACCACCCAUUUUGGGCAUCUGGUUGUUAAAGUCAUCGUCUGAGCCGUCUGAGCCGUCUGGGGGAAAGGCAGUCAUUAGCAACUAUACUUGGGACAGGAGAAGCAGCAGCAGCAGCAGCAGCAGAGCAAGGCAUGUUCACCACUGCUGCUGCUACCGCCAUGCUUUUUGCUUCUCAUAAAGAUUAAGUUAAUCACAAGUUACAGUGGGUUAGUGUGUUCAUUGUUUUAAGUUAUUAGUGUGUUCAUGAGUUUCAUUAAACCUCAUGGUAAGUGUUAUUACACACCAUGAGUAACUGUUAUCUUUUCUAUUACUACAAUUACUACAAAAGAAAAUAUACAUAAGUGAUGUUUACAUUGCUACAGAAGAACUAAAUACCAUUAUAUUCAUUGCUGGUUAAUGAUUAUAUACUUUGAGUGAAAGCAUAUAUAUAUAUAUAUAUAUAUAUAUAUAUAUAUAUAUAUAUAUAUAUAUAUAUAUAUAUAUAUAUAUAUAUAUAUAUAUAUAUAUAUAUAUAUAUAUAUAUAUAUAUAUAUAUAUAUAUUACAUAUCUUUUGAUUAAUUGAUUUGUGACAAAGUUUUAAUGCAUGAAUAAAAAUGUGAAAGAUUAAGUUUACUGAGUCACCAGUAUCCCAAUUUUGUCUUUAGGGUAGCAGAAUUGCAAAGCCGAAGCUCACAACACGAAGAUCAAAAAUUGAAGUGAUGUAAGCACAACACAGGUUAACACACUCAUUACAUAUUUUACUGGAAGAGUUGACGCCUUCCCUACACUCUUUGAAUGCUAAUGGCACUAUAACACCUGGUACUUUCUCUUGUGUGACCUGAGAUACUCUUACAGGUUAAAAAAUAAAAUUACAUGCACUAAAAGGUCUAAACUAUUUGGUCUCUUUUUAUGGCAUCUCUUAUAAUUUUUACUCUAAACUUGCACCAAACCAUUUCAUUAAGUUUGAGAAGCUGUAGCAGCCAAAAAGAUUAAGUAUUUAAUUUGUCUAUGGUGAGAAGACUUAUUUACUUUUUGUGUAGUCUUAUUAAAUCCUAUCUACUUCUCCAGAAUUAGAAAAUUUCUCCAUCCCAAUCUCAUGUACAACUUUUCUAGGCACUUGAAUUUCCAUCUAAAUAUAUGUUGUAUGUAUUCAAUUACUAAGUGCAUGCAUUUUUAUCCACUCAUUUAAACUGCUUCAACACCCAUAUGUUUAGAUCUCUCCCUCCAUCAUCCAUUCAUAUUCCCCACCAGCCGUGCCUCAUAUGUACAAACUUCCCUGGAUAUAUACCACAUCACAGUCAGCUGCUCAAGUGCCAUCAACACACAACCAUGUCCUCUGCAAGCACUAUCAAAUACUAGCUGUAGUGAAGCAAAAAUUACACCUCUUUUAACCAUCUUAUAUUCACUUUGUUAACCUUAUUGUUUAAACCAUACCUCUUGCGAUUGUGUCAUCUACCAUUCACCACUGAUUUGUAAUUUCCUCUAUCUGAACAUUCUUCAGUUUAGAAGCUUGCUUAUUUCCUGUCCUGUUAUAAAUGAUUCUUGAUA